AUAAAGAUUAUCUGAGGCACUUAAAUUUUUGAGGGAUUAGUGAUUCUACAAAGAUUGUAUAGGCAAUGGCUGUGAUUUCAUGAGCGGACGUGAUUUAGAUUAUCUGUGCGUGCUGUCAAAACCAUAUGCAAAUUCAUGUCAUUGGCACCACGAUUUUUAGGGCAACCGCAACACCCGACUGCAAUGUGUAUUGUUUUGAUUGCUUAUUAACCGCGAUAAUUAACAAUGACCACGUAGUUUACUGAGUAACCAGUGAAUGUGAAAUUUUUGGUGAAUUACCACUUAAGUGACUAGUUUUCUUUUAACAAUGUCAACCCCACCGCCACCGCCGCCUCGUCGAUCGUCUGGAGAGAGUAAAAAGGUGACACCACCUGCAUCAAGUAUAGUGACCAGAAAUGGUGCUCGCAAGGCCAAGAUACAGACCCGCGCGAUGUCCGCCGGGGCUAAGCCUUCAGCUCUAGUAGUUGCUGCCAAACGCAAAGCACAGCAGAAGAAGAAACACGGUAUCGAAACUGAAUUGAGGGAUCAUUAUCAAAUUGCGAUGGAUUCCAAGACAAAAGUGAAGGGUGCGACCGGUCUGGUGACGGAGCCGCGCAUGGCGGAGCACCGCUGUCUGUGGGACGACAAAUACCCGGAGUGUCCCGAGAGACUCACCAGCAUUAUAGAAAGGUGCCAUGAAUUAAACUUAAUAGAGCAAUGCAAACAGUUCCCACCACGAGCGGCGACUAAGGAGGAGUUAUGUGUCUUGCACGCGCCCUCUGUGUACGACAUGAUGGAGAAGACGCAUCAGAACAAUGAUGUUGAGUAUCUGGAGCAGGUCUCCGCUAAAUAUGAUGCGAUUUAUAUACACCCGACUACCCACGAGCUAGCCCUGCUAGCUGCGGGCUCUACAAUAGACCUAGUUUCUCGCGUAGUGUCAGGCAGCAUCCAGAAUGGCCUGGCGCUGGUGCGUCCGCCCGGCCACCACGCCAUGCGCGCCGAGCCCUGCGGGUACUGCUUCUACAACAACGUGGCGCUGGCCGCCAGGCAUGCCACCGAUACACUCGGCCUGACCAGGAUACUGAUUGUGGAUUGGGAUGUGCAUCACGGACAAGCGACACAGCAAAUGUUUUACAACGAUCCUAGGGUAGUAUACUUCUCUAUCCACCGCUAUGAGCACGGCGCCUUCUGGCCGAACCUCCGCCAGUCCAACUUCCACUACGUGGGCGCGGGCCGGGGGAAGGGGUACAACUUCAACGUACCCCUCAACAAGACCGGCAUGAAAGAUGGCGACUAUCUCGCUAUAUGGCACCAGCUGUUACUGCCCAUGGCUUUUGAAUUCUCCCCCGAACUCGUUAUCGUGUCCGCUGGGUUUGACUCGGCGUUGGGAGAUGAGAAGGGCGAGAUGGAGCUAACGCCCGCUUGCUACGCUCACCUGACCAGCCUGCUGAUGUCGGUGAGCGCGCGCGUGUGCGUGGCGCUGGAGGGCGGCUACUGCCUGCAGGCGCUGGCCGACGCCGCCGCGCUCACGCUGCGCGCGCUGCUGGGACACGCCGCCCCGAGCCUGGAGGACGUCAGCGAGCCCAGCGAUGAGAUAAGAGACACGAUCCUAAACUGCAUAUACGCUCAGAAGCCGUACUGGAACUGCUACAACUACCAGCCGACGUACUCGCUGUCGGGGCCUCCCAACGUGAGUGACGUCACGCGGGGCAGGCACGUGGUCUCCGUGAAGUGGGAGGGAGAUGAAACCAGGCCUGACACCUUCCUCACCAGGGACUGUUACCCGCUGCAAGACGAUAAGACUAAAGCUGAGAUAGCUCGCCGGCUGAACCAUUUGAGGAUAGUGACUGAUUUAACGCUACCUCAACACCCAGUGGGCUACAUCUACGACCAAGCAAUGUUGAAACAUAAGAAUGUCUGUGAACCCGGUCACGUGGAGUGUCCGGAGCGUAUCCUACGCAUUCACGAGCGCCACCGAGACUUCGGCCUGCUGGACAGGCUGCACCAGCUCGCACCCAGGACUGCCACUGAUGAGGAGAUACUCACUGUACACACUGAGAAACAUUUAAACAGGUUAAAAGAGCUGUCAACAACGAAACUAAGAAACCUCAACAAACAGAAGGAAGAGUUCGACUCGGUGUACUUCCACCCUGAUUCUCUAGAGAGCGCUGCGGUAGCUGUGGGGUGUGUCUUACAGAUGGUAGACUCAGUGUUAUCCAACGAGUGCGGGUCUGGCGUGUGCGUGGUCCGGCCGCCGGGCCACCACGCCGACAGGUGGUCGCCGAGCGGGUUCUGCCUGCUGAACGCGGCGGCGGCGGGCGCCAGCCACGCGCUGCGGGCGCGCGGCCUGGCGCGCGUGCUGCUGCUGGACUGGGACGUGCAUCACGGCAACGGCACGCAGGCCAUCACCUACCACGACAACAGGAUCCUUUACAUGUCUAUACACCGCUACGACCACGGCUCGUUCUUCCCGCACUCGAAGGACGCGGACCACACGGCCGUCGGCGAAGGGAAGGGGGAGGGGUUCAAUGUUAACAUACCUUGGAAUAAGCGUGGCAUGGGCGACGCGGAGUACCUGUCGGCCUUCACGCAGGUGAUCCUGCCGAUUGCCUACGAGUACAACCCGGAGCUCGUCAUCGUGUCCGCCGGGUUCGACGCCUGCGUCGGGGACCCGCUCGGAGGUUGCAAAGUGACGCCAGAAUGUUUCGGUAGAAUGACACAGUUACUCCGCGGGCUGGCGGGCGGCCGCGUCAUCCUGUGCCUGGAGGGGGGCUACAACAUCACCAGCAUCUCCUACUCCAUGACCAUGUGCACGAAGGCUCUGCUCGGUGACCCCAUCCACCACCACUACGACCCCAAAACCCCCGCACUCUGGUCCGCCAUAGACACAAUCCAUGACGUCAUCAACACACACAAACAAUACUGGAAAUCACUCAAAUUCCAAGUCGCACUACCAACUGAUUACGAACUAGAAACUCCCUUACCAUCCAGAGGACUCAUUGUAGACCAAACCGAAUUCGAUAUAUCAGUCAGUAGCAUCGACCUCAACGACUCGACGAAAUCAGUAUCAAAGAGCCAGUUGGAAACAUCGUUAGAAACUGAUCUCGCUAAGUUGACGAUAGGAAAGAAAUGUUCCGACGGGAUUCACUGCGGUACAGAUGAUGAGGACGAAACAAAAACACCUAAACCUCCAAAACCAAGUGAAGAAAAUACUCAAGCAACAAGUAGUACGCCAGCUACGAAGGCAGGAGCCUCAAGUCAUAAAACGUGUGACAAAGGAGGUUCCAGUACGCCGAAAGCGACAUUAGUCGAUUACUUGGCGGAGAACAUGCGAGCGAUAGCCGACGGCGAUAUGUUCGCCGUGAUUCCUCUGCAGUGGUGUCCGCAUUUAGACUCGUUGUUUGCGAUACCGAGUGACGUGAAGUUCGAGCAAGGUGUUAAAUGUAUCGACUGUGAACAUACUGAAGAGAAUUGGGUGUGCCUGCAUUGUUAUAUAACGGCAUGUGCCCGCAGCAUUAACGGCCACAUGCAAGCUCACCACGUAGCGACAGGCCACGCGCUAGUGCUGUCGUUAGUCGAUUUGUCAGUGUGGUGCAACGUCUGUGACGCAUACGUUGACAACGCGCUACUCUACGACGCCAAGAACAACGCGCAUAAAUGCAAGUUCGGGGAAGACAUGCCGUGGUGCUAUAAGACUGAUAUACAUAUGCAAUAAUGUUAUGUAGGGACAGAUAAGGGUGCGAGAAGUAUUUUUGUAUUGGACGCUGAAAUAGCACGUCAAAAACUUUGGUCAUUUUAGCAUUGUCAAGUCAAAAAAUCAUUUUGAUGGUAGUUAUAACAGGGCCACCAAAAAAGUGAUUAUGAAAAAGAAAACAAAACCAGCAUUGAGUAUUUUUUAUAUCUUGUCAGUGCUAAAAGGACCAAAUUUGAUUGGCAACAAAAAGUGAGUUACAGGAAUAUGAAUAUCAGGAAACAGUGAUACGAUCAGUAUAUUAUUGUUCAUCAUUUUGACUAUUGUACAUAGCAUUGUCAACCUUAUUGAUCUGAUUUAUAAUUGGCGUCAUAAUUAUGUAAAUAAUUUUAAACGAUGUCUAUCUACAAAAAUAGAUUCAAUUCAUAGAGUGUUAAAUAGAGUAGUAACAGUUUUGAAAAAAUCUGAGCCAUAAUAUUCGAAUGGGCAGCAAGUAUUCAUAGAUUUAAACAUUACCCACUUACUUAGUGUAAGAAUUUAAUAUUUAUUUAAUCAAUAACGAUUUAUAACUUUUUGUGUUUUAAUUAAGAAUUUAGAAAUUUAAUUAAUAGUGUUAUUAAACAUUCCAGUGUCAGAGGCCGAAAAAAUAAAACGAUUUUCUUAUGCAUGCAGUGGUUCAAAGUAUUUACUACGGCCUUAGACAAUUCUGUGGGUAAUACUUGAUUUUAUUUUAUAAGAUUGUGACUUUAAAGUUAUCGAUUUCUUUAUAGAACUACAAACGCACAAGUGAUUAUUAUUGAUAACUCUGCAUACUCUAAUCAAGGAAGACCAUGAUUCGACAUUACCUAUACCCAAGGUUAGGCUUGUUCACGAAAACCAUUACAACCACGCCUUCACGCAAGAAAAGAUGGUGAACCUGUAGAAGCUGCGACUUGCCUUUGCCAAACCAACCGCACGUCACAACCAUCAGAACGGUUGCGAUAUGUUGCUGGUUUCGGUAAUAAUGCAUAUUUAUUUACCUACCUACACAGCUUAAGUAAUGUUAGUCGUACUAUUGAAUACUAACAGUACAAUAAUUAGGCCAUCAUAGCUACAUAGCUCCCUGUAGCACCCUUGUAUAUUUAUGUAAAUAACCUUAUUUAUAAUCAUAUACACUUUUUAAGUUUGAUUUUAUCGGCCAGUUUUAUAUAUUUUUAUUAUUGAAUUUCUUUAGUACGUAGAUUUGACGGUAAUGUUGUAAUUGAAUAGUUUUAAAUACUUUUCUUGUAAUUUAAUUCCUCUGAAAUUAAUGAGUAUAAAUUACAGCAUUGUUUAAAUUGUUUAUUUUAGUGAUUUUUCUCAAUUCAUAUUGUGUAAAAACUACACAACACUUAUUGAAAUAAUUAGAGAUCUGAUACCAGAUUUUUUGUUGUCAAAAGUAGUUAUUGCCUUUGAUUUCGUGUGCCAAAAUUUGCUCAUAAUUAAACCGACUAAAAUGUAUUAACGAAACAAUAAUUAAAUCAUAUCAUAUUA